AAAAAUUAUUGUUAACAAAAAUUUAAAACAUUUUCGUUACUUGGAAUAAAAAUCUUUAAAAAUUGAAAUUUAACAAGUUAGAAAUUUAUUAUUGUUCUCAAUAAUAUUAUUAACUUGUCUGUAACUUUAUAAACUUACGAGAUUUAUCUGUGACUGAUUUUCCAAAUACUAAUCACGUGUCAAUUGGAUAACUGAAUACGAACUAGUUAUUAAUUUUCGCUCAGAUAUUUACCAAACUCGAUUUUUCUAAUAACAACAAACUAAAAAAAAAAAUUAACUAUGGAUAAUAGAAAUGUAUUAGUAGUUGGCGGUACUGGUUGUGGUAAAUCUGUUUUAUGUAAUGUACUAACUGGCACUGAUGAAUUUAAGGAAGGAAAUUACACAGUUAGCGAAACUCAAAAUAUUCAGAUAAGAAGUUUUGAUUGGAAAAAGAUUAAAUAUAGUGUAGCUGAUACUGUUGGGAUUGGUAAUAUUAAUCUAACUACGAAAGAAGUUUUGAGUAGUAUAAUAGAAAAAAUUAAUUCGAUGUCGGAAGGAAUAAGUCAGGUUUUACUUGUGACUGACGGAAGAUUCUUAAAAGAAGAAAUAGAAAUAUACGAUUUUUUGAAGGAGAUUUUUAAGGGCGGCUUUGUUACUAUUGUGAGGACUAAAUUUGCUAGCUUUCAAAAUAAAGAUGAAUGUGAAAAAGAUAUUAAAGCAAUGCUUGAUGUCAAUAAAAAAAUUGCUAAAAUAGUUAAAUCAUGUAAAGUCAUCCAUGUGGACAAUCCUCCAAUAGAUAUUAAAGCAUAUGAAAAUAAUAGUGAUGAUGAUGAAGACGUAGUUACUAUUAAUAGAAUAAAUGGCAAAAGUAGAAAUAAGUCAAGAGAAAAAUUAUUAAGCCACUUGGAGCAAGUAUGUCAAGACGAUAAAUUAAAAAUGGGGAAGAAAUUUUCAUUUAGCAAAAUAGUCAAGAUAAUUAAAAAAAAUUAGAUGAAAAUACGAAUUUGUUCAAUAUUAAAAUGAACGCUGUUGCGGACUUCUUAAUUUUAAAUUUUAAAUAAUAAAACAAUGUUUUUUAAUUGUAAAUUUUUUUUUUUUUUUGAAUUAAAUUGGUACUUGAGAAAUAUGUGUGGUUACAUGGUUUGAGGCUCUAAGCAAUGGUUUUCGUAUGGUUCGAUCGAAUAGAUAUUUUGUAUUAUCAUUUUGCAUUGAAUAUUAUGGCAGAGUUAAAAAUCAUAAUUUUGUCGAAAUAAGAUUUCAAUCUAGGUGGGUGCAAUUAUUAUAAUACACGUAGACUAGCGCAUUUAUUUUAUUUUUUUUUUUAAUGGUCGUAAAAAAAGAGGGUUAGAAACUUGAAAUGAUAAUUCAUAUAUA